GUGAAACGGCUAUUUCCCUCUUCACGCACCCUUCUCAUCUUGUUCAGCCUUGACCAGUUUGCAUGCCUGUCUCACUGAUGAAUACUAGUUAGUUUUAAAAGAGCGAAAUGGAAGGCAAGUUUCAUUUUUACCGAAGGAAGACAAUGUUACCUUACCAAACAGUCUAGAGCGCGAGGUUACAACGAUUCGAAAUGAAGAACGAGCGUUAAAAUCUGCAUGGGAGUUUGUAGGGUGCUCUGGGUAAUCAUUACAUUCUUCUACCUGAACAGCGUGACGUCAAUUAUCAUCUAGGGCUCUGAUGAUGACAGGGUUGAGCCAUUUCUGUUUUUCGCCGCUGACCUAUCUCUGGAUCCUGUUUCUCUGCGGGGGGGUGGCAUGUGCACCCACAGGUAAUUUCAAGCUAGUCGGCCCUGGCGGCCCCCUGGUGGCCGUAGCAGGACAAGACCUGGUCCUGCCCUGCUCCCUCUCGGGCCGCGAUGCCGUCGACGACGCGGAGCAGCUGUCCGUGGUGUGGUACCGACUCAAAGGCUCCACCCAGACGCACAUCCACUCGCACGGCGACGGCAAGGAUCAGAACGAGGACCAGGAUCCGGCGUACCGUGGACGCACGGCCCUGCUCCUUGACGAGGUCGCCGCGGGGAACGUGUCGCUGAGGCUCAGUGCCGUCAGGCUGUCGGACGCCGGACGGUACCAGUGCACCGCUGACGCCGGAGACGGGAACCAUGACAACGUUGACGUGGAGGUCCAAGUCGAAGCUAUAGGUACGACGCCAGCGAUUUUCACAGACAGACGUGGAAAAACACAGUUGAGCCUACGCUGUGUCUCCAGUGGGUGGAGUCCAGCGCCUGCUGUUGAUUGGCUGGACGCUAAGGGGCGGAGCCUGCCCGCAGAGCCCACAGAGACGUGGCUGGAGCCGGAGGGCUUUAGGGUGGAACGACGCCUCCUGGUGGAUAAGAAGUGGAAUGACAGCAGCAGCUACCACUGUAAAGUCAGCCAUAUGGGACUGGUCAAAGAGACGCAGAAGAAUGUCACAGAUGAUGAGCCAGCGUUCAAUCAGAAGUACAUCAUUCCGAUCGUGUGCAGUGCAGUGACUGCACUCGUAGUUGUGAUCACCACAUCCAGAAGAUCUGGAGGACUCGGGGAGAGGGGAGCACGGUGUGUUAUGAGACACUUCAGAGGGAGAGCUCACAGCCAGAAACCCUGGAUGAACAAAGAAGUUUGCCUUCUCCUCAAGGCGUAAGCAGCUUUCUGGUCGGGAGACCAGGAGGCCUACAGCUCAGCCAGAUCCAACCUGAGGAAAGGAAUAUCCAGGGUCAAACACAUCUACAAGAAAAGGAUUGAAGAGCACUUCAACUCCUCCGACCCCUGGCGUAUGUGGCAAGGUCUACAUACAAUCACCAACAAAUCCCCUUGCAACUCUUCCCUACCCUCCUCUACUUCCCUCCCAGACGAGAUGCACCACUUCUAUGCUCGAUUUGACCGGGAAAACAAGGAGGCAGCCUUCAAGUCAGCUGUUUCACCGGACGAGGACACACUCCAAUUUUUCACCUCAGAUGUCUGCGACAUCCUGGGCCGGGUGAAUGCUCGGAAAGCUGCUGGCCCUGAUGGAGUUCCCGGGUGUGUGUUGCGAGCAUGCGCAGAGCAGUUGGCUCUGGUGUCUCUAGCAACGUCUUCAACACAUCCCCUACAGUUUGAAAUCUGCCACCAUUGUUCAGGUGCCUAAACACUCCACAGCCAAGGAACUAAACGAUUUCUGCCCGGUUGCACUAACACCCAUCGUUGCGAAAUGUUUUGAAAGGCUGGUUCUCUCACAGCUGAAAUCAUGUCUGCCCACUGCACUGGACCUGUACCAAUUUGCCUACCGACGCAACAGAUCAACAGAGUAUCAGGGACACAGCUCCACCAAUCAACCUAAAACUUUGUUCACCAUUUCGUCAGGCUUUUGGUUGCAAGCUGGGAUUUUUUAAAUAUCCAUACGGGGGGGGGAAAAACAUCCUUAACAAUCAUACAGAGUCUCUCUAUCAACAUAGAAUUUUUUCGAAAUCAUGUUUUGACAUAAGACCUAUAAGCAUGUUUUUGAGGUAGUAGAAAGUGUAUUUAGCUAUUGCUUUCAUGUGGCUGUUGAAAUUUAGAUAACUGUCACUUAAAACACCAAGAUUUUUAACAGUAUCCUUUACUUUUUGUUGCAAGCUGGGAUAUUUUUAAUACUCAUACGGAGGUGGAAAAACAUCCUUAACAAUCGUACAGAGUCGCUCUAUCAUAGCCCUGUAGGCAGUGUUGCAAUCGUACAGAGUCUCUCUAUCA